AUGCUUCUAAACCAAAGCCAACUUUUGGCAAGGCAGGGAGGAAGCAAGGAGUUACCACCGUUUUCUGGACGGCCCGAGGAAUGGGCCAUCUUCAUCGCAAGCUACGAAAGCUCGACGGACAUGUGUGGGUACACCGAUGAGGAAAAUAUGUUGAGGCUGCAAAAGGCGCUCAGCGGUAAGGCCCUUGAUGCGGUGCGAUCGCGGCUUCUGCAUCCUGCAAACUUGAAGAGUGUGAUCGAAACUCUACGGAUGCUGUUCGGACGACCCGAAAUUAUAAUCCACCAAAUCAUGCAGCGGAUCCGGAGGAUGCCUGCACCACGCCUGGAAAAUAUGGAUACGUUAGUGAAUUUCGGAGUAGCCGUGCAGGAUAUGUGCGCAACGAUCGACGCUGCUGGUGUACACGAGUAUUUGUGCGAUGCCACGCUCCUGUACGAACUCGCGGAAAAGUUGCCGGAUACGUUACGACUCGAUUGGGCGCGGCACCGACUCGUGCUGAAAUGGGUCACCUUAACAGAAUUUAGUACAUGGCUGAACGAGUUGGUACAUGCAGCAAGCCUGAUAUCGUUACCAUCCAUCAGUUUUCCUAAAACAGAACGAAGAGAUUAUGAACCCAGGAAAGAGAAAUCGCGCCAUUACCUGAACACGCACCGGAUGGAAGACCAGAGGGCAACGUCACCACCGCCGAACGCGACUUGUGUGCUGUGCAGCAGUAGCUGCAAUGGAUUGGCAACAUGCAAGCAGUUUCUCGACCUGCCACCACAAGAAAGAUGGAACACAAUUCGACAGCUCGGCCUGUGUCGGAAAUGUUUGACCGUGCACGAGACCAAGUGCCAUGUGACGCAACCAUGUGGGAAAAAUGGUUGUGGGUAUUUCCACAAUCCGCUUCUGCAUGACGACGCCAGAUACAGGGAUCCGAGAAGGCCUGCGUUAGAAUCCAUUCACACCCACUCGGUGAGCACAGCGUUGAGUAAUGUCCUGCUAAAAUAUGUGCCGAUCACCGUCUACGGCAGGAAGAAAGCGGUCCAUACGUUUGCCUUUUUAGAUAGCGGAUCGACCGGUACCUUCAUCGAGAAAAGCUUGUUUGAUGUGUUGGACCUGGAAGGAACGCCGCAUCCGUUAACCUUAAAAUGGACGGGAAACAUUACUAAGGAGGAGAAGGACUCUCAGAUGCUGUCCCUAAAGAUAGCAGCAGCGGAUGGAGCCAAAAUAUACGACAUUGCAAAGGCACAUACCCUUCAGCGCUUGUCGCUACCAGCACAAUCAGUAUGUGCAUCGGACUUGGCAUCCCGUUACGGCCAUUUGAAGGACAUUCCACUCCCAUCGUACAAGGAUGCCAGACCGCAGAUUAUCAUCGGCGUGGACAACGAACGUCUCGCCCAGCCACAGCGCUACGCAACGGGUGGAGAACUCGAGCCGAUUGCAGCACAGACAUCACUCGGAUGGAUUGUCUACGGAAAUCAUGUUGGCGGAUCUGCGACACGAGGAUCGGGCGAAGGCUCUCAUAGCUACGUCAUUUGUGCGAACAGCAUCAGAGACAAUGACGAAAUGGGAGCCAGUUGGACUGUUGAUAACGGUAGGAUGUCCGAGGAUAAGCAGCAGGAUCCUAGUAAGCAGGGUGAUCAGAGUCAGCAACAGCAUUUUCUGAGACCGGAUCAUUCAGGUCAGGGUAUUCAACCACAGCAGCAGCCGCAACAAUUGGAGCAGGAGUUCGAUCAGCGGACGCAGUGUCGGAAGCGACAUCGGCGGCCAGCGGUUCAACGGCGCCAGCGGCAGUGGCGGCAGGGUCGGAGAUUGGUGGAGCAGCUACGACAGCUGCAGGGACUACAACGGGAACGGGUUAAGCAUCAGCGGCAGUUGGCAAAUCAGCAAUUACUCACCGCUAAGAGCCAAUGCGAGCAGACACCUAAUGCGAACUCCGGCGUUGGCUGGUCAACUACGGCUGCAAACCGCAAGGAUAAAUGCGACAUCCGUUGGCUGCUCAGUUUCCUUGUACUGUUUUCGAUUAUCCUUGGCUGGUGGUGCCAGUUGGAAGGCUGGACGAAUGAACGAAGAAUCGUGAAUUAUGAUCUACACAUGAGGCUGGUAGUCGUCGACGAAAUCGAUAUGCGUUGGCGUGCUAGGACGAAAGAGAUGGUCCGUGAUGUAACGAGGUACAAGGUGCAGUUGACGAGAGUCGACGUGGCAUGGAAGGGUCAACCGCAUAUCUUCAACGAUAAGUUGUCUGGACCGUGUAUUGGAAACAACGUUGGAGUGUCUGCAUGCAGCAAGACACUUGUGAGUGUCAGACGAGAGCCGUACGGAUCCUGGAAGGGAAAGGACACAGGGUCAAUACAGAUACAGUAUAGCUGGCCAAACCUCGAUUGGAGUGAUAGCGAGCCAGGAGCGACGUACUUCAAGUCCGUGCAGUGUCAGCUGAUCGAGUCGGGCGAUACGAAGUCAAGUGCAGUGAGCGGAAAAUGUUUGGAGAGAUUGAUCAUCUCAGCUAAGAUGUUUCCGAUAGCAGUUACUAAUGUCACUACACUAAUAUCGCUUCACUUUCUCGUAGGUACGGCGAACGGAAAUCUACUUAGUGUUGGACACCAUAAGCCGGCGGGGCUUAUAAACAUCCCGACGGGUUCUUGUUGA